UUGAUACAGUACAUUGCCAUACACGAUGCAACCACCUCGGGAUCCCAAAUUAGAACCAUGAGUUCGGUCGAACAUAAGAAAAUAGCAGGAAAGGUCACAUGUUCAAGAGAAACAGGAAGGAGCUGUCAGUAUAUGAGAAAUUGGAAGAGCAGGUUAAUAUCACACACAAAGAGCUUGAAGUAGAUGGAUUUGGAGAAAACCCAUUUUUUAAAUGUCUGGUAGCUGAAGUCCCAGAAGACGAAAGAACUAAAGAAGGACACACUGUUGUGGGAUAUAGUAUGUACUAUUUUGUUUACAGCCCAUGGAAAGGUCGAUCAGUAUGCAUGGAAGAUUUGUACGUGAUGCCCGAUUUCCGAGGUCAAGGAAUUGGGAAAGCUUUGAUGUGUGGCAUUGCAAAGAUUGGCUGGGACAACAAAUGCACUCGACUUCAGUUUGUUGUUCUGGACUGGAACAAGCCUUCUAUAGAUUUUUACAAGAGUCAUGGUGCACAGAAUGUUACGGAGAAAGAGGGCUGGCAGGAAAUGCGCAUCGACGACAAUGCCAUGGAAAAGCUGGCACAGAUGGCACCUAAAAUUUGAUUAGCAAGCCUGCUGAUGUAUACUAAUUAUGCCACUCAAGAACCAGGUGUUAAGCAUAAUACUGUAGCUGUGUGUGACAUUCAUCCAACAUACCUCCUCUAAUUCAGAUAAAGAGGCCUACGCCAUAGUCCACGGGUGUCAAACUCCGGGCCUGGAGGGCUGCAGUGGCUGCAGGUUUUCAUUCUAACCCUUUCCCUAAUCAGU